CCCUAACGAAACGCUGGGUUUUUGCUUCCUGUGUGAUGCACAGUCUGCGCUAUUUUCUCAUUUAUUUGCAGAUAGGUCGGUAGCCCACUUAUUAAACCAAUUCAGAAAGAGCGAAGAAUGGAAAAAAUGGAGGCGACUUCAGUCACGAUGUCAGUUCUGUUUGUUUUAUCAUUUUUUGUUCAAGCUACAGCUUUUGGUUCAUCUGUAUUCCAGUACCCCUCUUCAGUUUCAGUGAAUGUCGGAGCCAAUGUGACCCUGCUCUGCAGUAUUAAACAGUUUUCUGCUGAAUGCUCCUCUGUUUGGUGGUUCAGGCUGCAGAAAACAUCAUCAGUGCCGACUCUUCUCAACACUAAUACAAGGAAAUAUUUAAAAACGACUAUGUCAAAGAAUUGUUCCCUCACCAUCUACAACCUAGAGGAGAGUGAGUCUAGUGCUUACUACUGUGCCCUUGUACAAGGGCUGGGUAUCUACUUUGGUCCUGGGUCUCAUGUGCUGGUAUCAAGACUGGUUGGUGACUCCAUUUCACUGGUGAUUUUCAGAUCACUUGACAUCAUAGAAGAUGAGGUUACUCUAGUUUGUUUGGCUUCUGUGGUGAGUUUUGGAAGUUCUCGACUCUACUGGAUGGUCAAUUCCAAUCACAAAGAAGGAGAAACUGAAUUUAGGUCACACUUCAUCCAAAGCCAAGUCUCUAUUCCAACUCAUAUGUGGAAGGCUGGUGUCCAUUGCACAUGUAUACUUACUACUGAAAGUGGGCAGAAUCUGAACAGGACAAUAAAGCACAAAACAGAGGGCUGUUUUGUUUUGAUGUCAUCUCUUUUGGGGGUCUCCUUUCCCUUAGUCAUUGUACUAAUCAUUCUGACAGUACAAUGUAAUCAAUUACAACAUUCAGGACGUGAAAAUGAAAUCAUCCACCUUGGAACAUGUAGCUCCAGUAAAGUGAAUAAAAAAAGACAGGAGAAAGAGGAGGUCCAGUAUGCCACCAUUGUAUCGUCAGGACGGCGGAGAUGAAGACAGAAACUUUGCUUUUACUCUCAAUUAUUUUUUGGUUGAUUAUCAUUUAAUCACAGACAGUGUAGCUUUUAGCUUUGGCCUCAGAAUGUAAACUAAAAGGCUGCCAUUUCAGACAUUGCAUCUUAAGGGACACUGAGACCCCAGGCAUGUCACUUAAUCUGCUUGUGCUCCAGUUCUUAAAAUGUGUAAACCAUUGGACAAUAUAAUAAAGAUCAUGCAAACUGGCAUGGUGUUCACUGUAGACAGGGAUUCUAUGAAAAUAAAAUGUCAAUUUAUUUGUAUGUCUUCAUUGAAUUUUCAUCAUCUU